AUGUUGAACAAAAAUUGGGUGAAACUAAACAGAGCUACAAAAGAGUACACGGAUGCGGCAUGGGACUUUGUGAAAAUGGUAGAAAGAAAUUAUGGUUUUCCAAAUAAAAUUAUCUGUCCUUGUAAGAAGUGUCGAAACUUAAAUCAUCAUUGUGUUGAUGAUGUUUUUGAGCACUUAGUUAUAACCGGAAUGGAUCCAACUUAUCGUAUUUGGGUUCACAAUGGAGAGCAACCCAUUGAUACUCAAGUUGACGAAGUUUCGAAUGAUAUGGAUGCAUUUGAUUUAUACACGACUGCUGCCAUGGAUGAUGUGGACAAUAAUAUAGGUUGUGGAGGUGGUGAAGAUGAUGAAUUUGUUAACGAAGAUCUUCAAAAGAAGUUGGAGGAUGCGGAAACUCCUUUAUAUGAAGGGUGUGAGAAAUACACAAAACUUUCAUCAAUUGUAGGUUUAUAUAGGUUGAAGAAUCUGAAUGGUUGGACAGACAAAAGUUUUACUAGACUAUUAGAACUCCUUUGUGAUAUGUUUCCCAAAAACAAUGUACUUCCUGAUUCCAUGUACUCAGUUAGGAAAUUUUUGAGAAAUUUCGAUUUGAAAUAUGAAAAGAUUGAUGCUUGUAUUAAUGAUUGUUGCUUAUUUAGAAAGGAGAAGGCUAAAAUGGAUGUUUGUCCAAAGUGUAGUGUUUCUAGAUGGAAAGUUGAUAAACACACAAAGAAUGUUAAAGUUGGUGAGGCUGCCAAAGUUUUGAGGUAUUUUCCGAUAAUACCCCGAGUGAAAAGAUUGUUUAGAUCAAAAGAAAUGGCUGAAAACUUAAGGUGGCAUUUCACUCAUAAAAGUAUUGAUGGGAAGAUGCGACAUCCAGUGGAUACACCUGCUUGGGAUUCCAUUAAUGAAAGAUGGCCAGAGUUUAAUCUUGAACCACGCAACCUUAGGCUCGGACUAGCUGCUGAUGGAAUUAACCCCUAUAAAAGUCUAAGCUCCACUUAUAGUUGUUGGCCAGUGAUGCUUGUUAUCUAUAAUUUACCACCUUGGUUGUGCAUGAGGGACGAAAAUACAUUUUUGUCAUUAUUGAUUCCAGGUCGUAAACAACCUGGAAACGAUAUUGAUAUUUAUUUGGAGCCUCUUAUUGAAGACUUAAACAAAUUGUGGAAUAAUGGAGUGCAUACUUAUGAUGCAUUCGACAAAAGCUUCUUCAAUUUGAAGGCAAUGUUGUUGUGGACAAUAAACGAUUUUCCUGCAUAUGGAAAUCUUGCUGGGUGUACAACCAAAGGCAAGACAGCUUGCCCGAUUUGUGGUAAUGAUACAUGUGCAACUAGGCUGAAACAUAGUAAAAAAAUUUCAUACCAAAAUACUAGGAGAUUUCUCCCGUUUGAUCAUCCAUAUCGGUCUAAGAAAGCAUGGUUCAAUGGAGCUACAGAAGAAAGAGGCCCCCCUAAAGUUUUGAGUGGUAGUGAAAUUGUUGAAGAAUUAAAUCAAAUUACCAACGAUUUUGGAAAAAAUAUGAAUCCCAAAAAAAGGAGUCGGGAUAAUAAGGUGGAAGGAAUGUGGAAGAAGAAAUCUAUAUUUUUCAAUCUACCAUAUUGGGAGGUUUUGUUAGUUCGUCAUAAUUUGGAUGUUAUGCAUAUAGAAAAAAAUGUGUGUGAUAGUAUUAUUAGCACAUUGUUGGGCUUGAAUGGAAAAUCCAAAGAUCAUCUUAAUGCUCGAUUGGAUUUAAAGGAUUUGGGUAUCAAGAAGGCCUUGCAUCCGGUGGAGAAAGAUGGGAUUAUACGACUUCCAGCAGCAUCUUACACACUUUCUAGAUCAGAGAAGACAAUGUUUUGCCAAAGGUUAUUUGAUUUAAAGUUACCUGAUGGUUAUAGCUCAAACAUUAGUAACUGUGUAGUAGUUGAGGAACGUAAGUUGAUGGGGCUUAAGUCUCAUGAUUUCCAUGUCUUAAUGCAACAAUUGCUGGUAGUGGCCAUUCGAGGAUUGAUGGAGGAUGGUCCAAGAGAGGCAAUUAUAAGACUUAGCAAAUUUUUUAAUGGAUUAUGCCAACAUGUGGUUGACGUAAAAGAAAUCAUAGAAUUGGAAGCAGAAGUAGUUGAAACAAUUUGGAUGUUUGAAAGAUAUUUUCCUCCUUCAUUCUUCGAUUCUAUGGUACAUUUAGUUGUUCACCUUGGACGAGAAGUGUUAUUAUGUGGUCUUGUUCAAUUUCGAUGGAUGUAUCACUUUGAAAGAUAUAUGAAGUUACUUAAAGGGUAUGUGAUGCAACCUACACAUCCCGAAGCAUCUAUUGCUGAACGUUACCUUGCUGAUGAGUCAAUGCGCUUUUGUGCAUCAUUUUUGAAACAAUCUAAUGACAAAGGUUCCUUCAUUGGACGUGACGAAUAUAAUGAUAGUGAUGUGAUACUUGAAGGUCGUCCACUUCAUCGUGGUGUAACUGUUACACUAAAUGAUAAGGAUCUAGCUAGUUCACAUCGCUAUGUAUUAUUCAAUUUAGCUGUCACAGAGCAAUAUUUAGAGAUGCAUCUACAAGAACUAAAAAAGAAUAACAAUACUUUAAGAACCAAUCACACUCUACUUUGGAAACAACAUACUGAGCUUUUUCCCUUGUGGUUAGAAGAAAAGUUUUCUACUGCAGAAUUUGAUGCUAUGUUAUCAAGAUUAGCACAUGGUCCUCGUAAAGCAGUCAUAUCCUAUAAGGGAUAUGUUAUUAAUGGGCAGCGAUUUCAUACUAAGGAUGCAGAGAGAACGACACAAAAUAGUGGUGUUUAUAUGGAAGCAACAACAAUGUGUAGAUCUAGUGCUAAAGAUGAUGCACAAUUGGCUGAUGUUGUAGGAUAUUAUGGGUUAAUUAAUCAGAUUAUACUCUUGGACUAUUACAGUUUUCAUAUCCCUUUAUUUAGGUGCAAUUGGGCACAUGUUGGCAAGGGUGUAAAGAAGGUUGAUUGGUAUACUCUUGUAAAUCUACACCAAGGACAAAAAGAGUUUAUUAGAGAACCAUUCAUACUUGCUUCACAAGCUAAACAGAUAUUUUACGCAAGGGAGAAUGAAAAUUCAAAUUGGUACAAUAUGGAGACUAGAAAAAAGAAGCAGGAUGGAAGUGUAGUCAAUGAAAAGGAUGGAGGUUUGGUCAAUGAAAAGGAGGUUGGAUCACCUUCAACUCAAGUUCACUUGCAACCUGGUGCUUUGAAAGCAAUUGUGGCAGAAAAGAGGAGGCAAUUAGCAGCUAAGUUUGGAAAGUUGGCAGAGAAGAAGAAAUCGAAGCUUCGUUUUGCAUCCUCUACUAAAGUUGUAAUGGAUUCACCACCUGCAUCUAAAAGAUCUUAUGAAGCAGCGUUUGGUAUAAAUCCAACAAAUGAGGAUGACAACGAAGAUGAAAACAUGUCCCCACAACGAGCAACUGCGUUAGGUAGAACCCAAGCAACAUCUCCACUCCACAACCUGAACAAAACAAGAAGAUCUCUGCGCCAUUUUGUUGACAAUGAUUUUGAAGAUGAUUUUAACACUCCACAAAAGAAUUAA